CUCCGUGUCAUUGUCUUUCUCGCAUUCAAAACACCUUCUCCUUCCCUUCUAUUUAAGAAAAGCAGAGAGACCUCAAUUCGCAAUAACGUAGCUCAGAUCUUCACACCCAUAACCCACAGAUAGGUAAUCAGACACGUUUAGUUGGUGCCCAUGGGAACAGUUGUUGAUGCUGCUGCUAAGAAGGAGGCUAAUGGAAGCUUAGCUGAUCUGAACCCUACAGUUGUUUUUGUAUUGGGUGGCCCUGGCAGCGGAAAGGGUACCCAAUGUGCAAACAUUGUUCAGCACUUUGGGUAUACCCAUCUCAGUGCUGGUGAUCUUCUACGAGCUGAAAUCAAAUCUGGUUCUGAAAAUGGGACCAUGAUUUCAAAUAUGAUUAAAGAAGGAAAGAUUGUUCCUUCCGAAGUAACAAUUAAACUUCUUCAGCGAGCAAUGCUGGAAAGUGGUAAUGACAAAUUUUUGAUUGAUGGGUUUCCUCGUAAUGAAGAAAAUCGUGCCGCAUUUGAGGCUGUGACUAAAAUCGAGCCUUCAUUUGUCCUGUUUUUUGACUGUUCUGAAGAGGAGAUGGAGAGGCGCCUCUUGGGUAGGAACCAGGGAAGAGAGGAUGAUAACAUAGAAACAAUAAGGAAGCGAUUUAAGGUUUUCCUAGAGUCUAGUCUCCCUGUGAUAGAGUACUAUAACUCCAAGGGGAAAGUUCGGAAGAUUGAUGCUGGAAGGCCCGUUGAAGAAGUUUAUGAGUCAGUAAAAGCUAUUUUUGCCCCAAAAAAUGAGAAGUUGACGAAGUGCCCAUUUUCCCUGUCAUUGAUGUUAACUUUUUCGGUUUGCAGGCUGAUUAAUUGCUGCAAGUAUGUCCAAGAUUUCAGAUCUUAUGUCUAUUGAGGCGAUGCAAUUGUUGGCUGCAUAUAUUGUUUUCUUUUGAGGGUUUUAUUCUUGGUGCUUACAUAUUAUAGAAUGUAUUCUAGACACGUGAGGUGUAUGCCUCUAGUCUUAUGUUGGUGAUUGUGUUCUAAUUUUAAGAUUUAUAGUAAUAAUUAUGGCAAUAAUCUUCUGUUUCAAGUGUUAUAAGUAGCUAUUCAUCCUUUACCCCCUUUUGCUUCUUGUGGGAUAAAGCGCUCGAAUUAGAAAAUUUGAUGAAAGACAGCAAUUAAAAGAGAGGAAAUUUCAUUGAGAAUGAUUGUUUGCAAAGAUGCAUUGUACGUGUAA